UCGAUCGAAUGGAAGAAUUUGGAUGGCCUCUUGGAUUUGGAUUGCCCAAUUUCGGGAGCAACAAAAUCCACUCAACUGGCUGGUUGAUGAACGAGUAUUCCAACAGCAGUGCUACGACUUCCUCAAUCAAACACAGGAGAUCUGUGAGUGACACUGCUUUUAUCGAUAACGCCAGCCCUCCUCCAGCAAUUGCACAAACAGAUGAGAGAGAUGAGAAAGAGGAGCAGCUUGUCAAGAAUCCAGAACAGCUCUCAGAUGUUCUUCUUGAGGGUUCUAUGAACAAAAUUGAUAUCUCCCCGAAGAAUACAUCGCCAACAAUCUCCGAUGGCCAGGAUGGUGAUUGUGUUGUUGUCGCCAAUCAAGUUCUAGACGAUGAUAUAUCUCUCGAUCCCAGCUUGGAUCCGAAAAGAGCUAGAAGGAUCAUUGCAAACAGGCAAUCUGCUCAGAGGUCACGGAUAAGAAAGCUACAAUACAUAGCAGAAUUGGAGAAGAACGUAAGUUCCUUACAGAUGGAAGUGUCAACACUCACACCUCAGGUCUCAUUUUUGGACCACCAAAGAGUUCUUUUGAACGUCGACAACGGUGUCAUGAAGCAGAGGAUAGCUGCAUUGGCGCAAAAUGUGCGUCUCAAGGACGCUCACAACGAAGCUCUUCGAAAAGAGGCCGAGAGUUUGAGGCAACUAUACCAGCAGCAACAGCAACAAUUUGAGAUCCAGUACCACCAGUUCGAUGGAUUCAUUGGCAGCAAUCCGCAAGAUCACGGCAGCGGUAGCAGCAGCAACAGUGGAGUUCUCAUCACCCACAAGAACACCAGCGCUCUCUUGAGUGGAUCCGGAGGAGCGACUGAAAAGCUCGACGAUGCUUGUUACAGCCACACUACCAUGCCCGACUUUGGAGGCGCGACGACUAGAGCAACCUGUGCGCCUCUCUCACUCUCUCUAAAGUUCUAGCCACCCAAAAGAACGACUAUUUCCCCUCGAGGAAUCCAUGGUCCCUCUUGAAUUAUUCAGUUGUAACUCACAGAGCGAUAGAUUCAUGUUUCCGAUAUAAAAGAAUGAAAAAAAAAA